AUGACUGCCACUAUUCCCGGAGUAUUAAACUCCUUACACAGCUCAGCGGCUACCAAAGCCGUUGCAUAUUGUAAUACCACCCACAAAACAGUCACGCUCCAAUCUGUUGUAGCCCCAGGGGCUGGAGUAUCACUAUAUGAUUGGAAUGCUCACCUGGAAGAGCGGCGGCGCAUCUGGCGCGCCUCGUUGCUGGCCUCCUCUCCAGCCGACAAUCCUGACCCACCUCAGUCACUCAGCGAGCGGAUGCUCAAAGGUCUUCCGACUGCUCCUGACAAGUUGCAACUCACCAACCUCUCAUCAAUGGAAGAGGCCUCUGAAGCUUCUGCGGGCAUCCACUAGGCCCAGAGGUACGGGGGAGGUCGGCGAGGUGAUAAUUAUCGCCCUUAUCGGGAUGAUCGCGGCGGUCGCAGUGGUGACAAGGGCAACGCAGCGCUUCAUGGAUCACAAGCUACACCACAUGAAGGCCUUUUGCCAGGCAUUUAUAGACGAUGUGUGCGUCUUCAGCAAUUGUUCUCCACAUACCAAAAGAUUGGUAGUAAUGACACUAAACAAUAGUUGGUACAACCUAAUCAUUGGCAAGCACCACUACGUUGAUAAGAAUUCGUUUGGGCAACAGAGAUAUGCCAAUUACGCAGCAAUUAUCACAUUUUAGGCCUUGUAGGCCUGGAUCGUAGUAUGCCUGGGUCUUGGCUGGGGUGGUGUUGAUAUCAUCUCAGGCCCCAAAGACUACCUCUUCAGUCCACGACUAAUCGAGAUAGGUACCAAAGAACGAUUCGAGCAUUCCGCUCUCCCACUUGGUGCUGUGCCGGCAUCAUUGCAGGACCCAGACACUAUCUCCCUCGCCCACGACCAAUCCGGAUACCGAAGAGCGUUUUGAUCAAUUGAGU